GUCUCAAAGUACCCUUCGGAAGCCUGACAUGGCCUUGUGGAAGAGAUGGUCUUCCUUGGCCUCAAGGUCUAUCUGAUUCUCCGGACACUGAACUCUACAGUUUGAAACACCGACUCUCCAGACUUGAAGGCGUGCUUACUUUGAAUGGGAAAAUAAAAGAAGUAGGAGAGAAGAUACUUGCCAGCAAUGGGAAGGAAGCUGAUUUUGCAUCUGCACUAAAAUCCUGUGAAGCAGCUGGAGGAACUCUUGCAACUCCAGUGAAUGAGGAUGAGAAUAAAGCUGUUUUGAGUAUUGUGAAACAGUAUAACCGAUAUGCUUACUUGGGCAUUAAAGAGGGUGAGACUUCAGGUCAAUUUAAUUAUAUAAAUGGCACACCUCUGAAUUAUACCAAGUGGCACCAACAUGAGCCUAAUGGCAAAGGGACAGAAAAAUGUGUGGAGAUGUACACUGAUGGGAGCUGGAAUGAUAAAAAAUGCAACCUGUAUCGCCUCACAAUCUGUGAAUUUUGA